GUCAUUGUUACCGUGGUAACGUCAGUUUGAUUACACAGUUCGCCGUGGUCAAUUUAUCCUCAAUAUUGUCGUUAAACAGGGUCUACGCUCACAUUUAUGGCUCACAGAGAUAUUUUUUAGCUUCAGUUGUUUAAUGUUCCUCAUUCGGUGACCAUAGAAUUUAUUUGUGCUCACUGACGGAGACAGCUGGCGACUGAUUUAAUCCUGUUAGCCAAUUAGCUUGCUAGCUAACGUUAGCACGUCGAGCUAAUCUCUUGAAAGUAAUCCCAGCCUUGAAUGGCUUCAACGUUCUUGUGUUAUUUAGCUUGAAAGAAAAAAAUCUGAACAAUUUAUUAGAGUCAAGCUGACAUUUUCCUUGGUCGGAAAACAGCUGGAAUAUCAUCUAAAAACGUUUUUAAAAUAAUAAAAGAAGAUGGAGCUCCAUCUACAUAGAGUUGAUUAUACUCAGGUUGGUGUGACAUCCCAGAAAAGUAUGAGGUUACUUCCAGCGUUGGGGAAAAGGGCAACUCAAAAGGUUGCCAUAGCUGAUCAUGAUGGUGUGAUUACAUGUUUUGGGAUGAAGAAGGGAGAAGCUGUGCCUGUGUUUAAAACACUCCCUGGACCAAAGAUAGCCAGAAUGGACCUUGGAGGUGCUGUGGGAACUCCCCAGGAGAAGAUCUUUGUCUGUUCUGGUUCUCAGGUUCGAGGAUUUACAAAGAAAGGCAAACAGUUUCUCACCUUUGAGGCCAACCUCACGGAGAGCAUUAAUGCAAUGUAUGUCUCAGGCGCUGACCUGUUCCUGUGUGCAAGUUACAUCUACAAUCACUAUUGUGACUGCAAGGACCAAGACUACUUCCUUUCCGGAGACAAAAUUAAUGACAUCACAUGUUUAUCCACAGAAAAGCUUCCUCACCUCAUUCCUGUGUUGGCUUGCCAAGACCGAGUUCUCAGAGUCCUUCAGGGAUCUGAACUUGCCUACGAUAUUGAAGUUCCUGGCCCUCCAUCUGUUUUGGAACUUUACAAUAAAGAUGGAGGAGAGGAAGUCGUUUAUGGAACCACAGAUGGAAAAUUAGGACUGGUUCAAAUUGGUGACUGUGCAGCUGCAACCAAAUGGGACAUUGAAAAUGAGAAAAAGAAAGGAGGAAUUCUUUGCAUCGAGACUUAUGACAUUAUUGGAGAUGGAGUGAAUGACAUCCUGGUGGGCAGGGAUGAUGGGACAGUUGAAGUUUAUGGUUUUGACAGCUCCAAUGAGCCUGCGUUACGCUUCGAACAUGUGCUAACAGAGAGUGUGACCUCCAUCCAAGGUGGCUGUGUGGGGAAAGAGUCUUAUGAUGAGGUCUUAACUGCCACCUAUACAGGAUGGGUGACUGGGCUGACCACUGAGCCCCAGAGGGCUGAGGCUGUACAAGGAGACGAGAUCCGGAUGAGCAAGGAGACCCAGUCUAAAAUAGAAGCACUCAGGGCAGAGCUCGAGCAGCUGCAGAUUAAAGUCCUACAGGGCCGUGAGCAAUACCAGCAGACCAGUCAGUCCAGUACAGCUGUCUCUACUGUGCCCAUCUUCAGCAUCAAUGACAAGUUUACGCUCUGCCAGGAUGAUUCCAGCUACAGUCUCACUCUGGAAGUGCAAACUGCCAUCGACAAUCUACUCUUGCAGAGUGACGUCCCCAUAGACCUGCUGGAUGUAGAUAAGAACUCAGCCGUUGUCAGUUUCAGUGAAUGCGACUCAGAGCAGCCUAAUGGAAACUUCCUUCUGGCCACCUACAGAUGUCAAGCCAAUACUACAAGACUGGAGCUUAAGGUGAGAUCCAUUGAGGGACAGUAUGGGACCCUGCAGGCUUACAUCACUCCCAGGCUGCAGCCUAAGACCUGCCAGGUUCGGCAGUAUCAGAUCAAACCGCUUUCGCUCCACCAGCGGACACACAGCAUAGAUCCAGACAGGCCAAUGAACCGGCUCAGUUUGGUGGGGCAGUUCAGCUUUGCAGAGAUUCACUCCUGGGUGGUUUUCUGCUUGCCAGAGGUGCCUGAAAAAACACCUGCAGGGGAGAGCGUGUCGUUCUACUUUCAUAACGCGUUCCUUGGCACACAGCUCGAAGCCACGUACUGCAAAGGAGAAGGUCACUUUAAGUCGGACAAUAUUUCUACCAUCUCUAUACUCAGAGAUGUUCUCUCUAAAGAGGCGACCAAAAAGAAAAUAAAUCUAAAUAUUUCAUACGAUAUAAAUGACAACUCUGUUAGCCACACUCUCCAAAUGAUCCAUCCAAAGCUGGAGUACCAGUUACUGCUGGCAAAGAAAGUUCAGCUUAUUGAUGCUCUCAAAGAGCUCCAGGUUCACGAGGGAAAUGCCGAUUUCCUGAUCCCAGAGUAUCGCAGCAUCCUGGACGAGUCUGACAAUCUUCUGGAGGAGUACAAGAAGCAGCCAGCCCACCUUGAAAGGCUCUACGGAAUGAUCACUGAUCUUUUCAUUGACAAAUUCAAGUUUAAGGGCCAAAAUGUGAAAACAAAGGUGUCAUCAUUGCUGGAGAUCCUCGACAGUUAUGACUUAAAUUCACUGCUCCACUUUUUCAGUGAGCCAUGAAGUAAAAACCCCCACAAACUUAAGUUUUAUUGUUUAUUCUGUACCAAUGUGCUUUGUCUUGAAAUCACAGCACAGAAUGAUAAUUACCCAAAACUUAUGUUCUUUUAUUAUAUUUAGAAACUAUUUAUAUGUGUAAUAUUAACAUUGCAGACUAAUAAAAUAUAAUUUUUUUGUUAUUGCUUGAAAGAAUAAUACAUGUUUAUUUGAAUAAUGUGUGUCAUUUAUUGUAGUAAGCCUACAUGAAAAUGAUGUAACGCAAAUGUAGUGAUUCAGUUUCACCAUUUUUAAAGAAUUUGCUUAUUAAAUGUUUCCCAAAACAGA